AUGCUCUCCGGGUUUUCGGGGCAGGUUUCUCGACUGGAAGGGUCAGAAGAUUCGCUCAAAGGAUCAAAUCCUGGUGAAGGAGAUGACGGUGGGGGAGGGGGCCUACAGAAAGGCGGGUUGCAGAGAGGAGGGUUGCAGCCGGCUGGCGGGCUGGGAGGAGAGCGAUUACUCUUUAAAGCCCCGGCCGAGCGAAAAUCUGUUUUGGGUCUGGACGCGCUCGCCCGAGCCAAGCGAGCAGCCGCGGGAAUCCCUGAGAAGCCGCCGGUUACUGUAGCAGCGGCCAGAUUCGCGGAAGAGGGGGAAGAUGAAGGGGAAAAGUUGACGGUUGAGGGGAAGGAAGGGGGAGGCGGGAAGUGGGUAGCGGACGUAGACGAUGGGGGAGGGGGGAGAGGGGAUGGAGAGGGAGUGGGAGGAGGGAGUGUGGGGGAGAAGAGCGGUGGAGGAGGGAGCAAGGAGAGGCGGCGGUAUCGUUCUGCGCGGAGUGAUGAUACGCCCACACACGUGUCAACGAUUACAGAACUAUCAGGCGCGUCGCCCCGGGUGCAGGAGUCACCUCGUCGGGCCUCCUCACAUGCGGACAAAGACACGCGAGGGGACACAGGUGCUGGGACAUCCGAGGUAGCGCCCCUCUCCCACUCCCUCUCUCCCUCCCUCCUUCCUUCCCUCUUUCCCUUCUUCCCUUCCCCCUCCUCCCCCCUCCUCCCCCCGCCUUCCCCCCCCACCCACCACAUCGUUUUCUUGAUGCAGGGAGACGAGGCAAGCCGAGGCGCCAAAAGAACCCGAGUGGAGCCUGCUGACGUGGCAAAUGGUGCUGCUGACAGGGCAGGCUCCGCUAGUUUGGUGACUAAUGGAGGAGGUGAGGGGCGUCAGUCACCGUCCUUUGUGCCGCCCUCGCCGUCUGACUCGCGCCUGCUGUCGCCGUGGGAUGGCGGAGGAGGCAGCACACCUUCUGUUGGUGGCUCGGCCACGCCUGUCUCGCAGGGUCGGGACGGGGAGGAGAGGGAGGGAAGCGUGCAAGCAGAGGGGGGAAGGGCUCGGCGGUCGCACAAGCUUCGGUUCCGAGCGGACUCGUCAGCUUCGGAGGGCGGUGCGAGCACACGCCGAAGCACAGCAGGAGGCCAGGCGCCAUCCCAGCAGCGGGAGAGGAUAUCUGAGACGUCUCAAACACCGCCUGUCCCUCUUUCCUUUGCCCCUCUCCCCUUGCACGCUCCUGCAUGCCCCCAGGCGCCAUCGCAGCAGGAGAGCGAGUGGGACACGGAUUACCGUGCUGACAGGGAGGCGGGGGAGGGAGGGGGGGCAGGCGCGGAGGAGGAUGAGGGCCUGCGCCGGGAGAUGGAGGAGGCGGAGAGGCAGGCCGACCGCUCCUGGUACGACUCAGAGGAGGCGGGCAGUGUGUUUGACUCGGGCGAGGGCUCUAACCCGUUUGGGGGAUUCGGCGACGAGCAAGCGUUUGAGAAGAAGGAGGAGCGCAAGAAGGAAGCAGCGGCGAGGCAGCAGCGCAUGGUGCGGUCAGACGGGUCAGCCAUGUCUCUGGCGGCCAGCAAGCGCCUCACCCAGCUGUCGGCGGACCAGGCGUCGUGGGAGGACCGGCAGCUCAUGCGGUCGGGAGUGGUGCGCAACGCUACAGAGCUCUCCACGGACAUUGACGACGAGGAUGAGAACCGCGUGCUGCUGCUCGUGCACGACACGAAGCCACCGUUCCUGGACGGGCGAAUCGUGUUCACGAAGCAGCAGGAGCCGGUGAUGCCGCUGAAGGACCCCACGUCCGACAUGGCCAUCAUCGCCCGCAAGGGCUCAGCGCUAGUCAGAGAGAUUCGGGAGAAGCAGCAGCAGAACAAGAGCAGGCAGAAGUUCUGGGAACUUGCAGGAAGCAAGCUGGGGAACAUUCUCGGCGCCAAGAAAUCUGCCGCUGAUGUGGAUGCGGAUACAGCCAAGGUGGACGCGGAGGGCGAGGUGGACUAUAAGGACAAUGUGAAGUUCGCCGACCACAUGAAGAGCACGGGCGGCGCUGCCAGUGACUUUGCCAAGAACAAGUCGAUAGCCGAGCAGCGCAUGUACCUGCCCAUCUACUCUGUCCGCGACGAGCUCCUGCAGGUGAUUCGCGAGAACCAGAUUGUGGUGGUGGUGGGCGAGACAGGCUCCGGCAAAACAACACAGAUGACGCAGUACCUGCACGAGGAUGGCUACACCACAUACGGCAUGGUGGGGUGCACACAGCCGCGGCGCGUGGCAGCGAUGAGUGUGGCCAAGCGCGUGGCGGAUGAGAUGGAGUGCGAGCUGGGGUCCACUGUGGGCUAUGCCAUACGCUUCGAGGACGUCACAAGCAGCAACACUCUUGUGAAGUACAUGACGGAGGGAGUGCUGCUGAGGGAGUCGCUCAGAGAGCCGGACCUCGACCAGUACAGUGCCAUCAUAAUGGACGAGGCACACGAGCGCUCAUUGAACACGGACGUGCUGUUCGGGGUGCUCAAGCACGUGGCGGCGAGACGAAGGGACUUCAAGCUCAUCGUCACGUCCGCCACGCUCAAUGCUGAGAAGUUCUCCCACUUCUUCGGCAGCGUACCGGUCUUCUUCAUCCCAGGGCGCACCUUCCCAGUGAGCAUCAUGUGGAGCAAGUCGCCUUGUGAGGACCCUGUAGACGCGGCAGUCAAGCAAGCGCUAGCCAUCCACGUCACCAUGCCACCUGGCGACAUCCUCAUCUUCAUGACCGGCCAAGAAGACAUCGAGGCAACCUGUUUCUCCCUCGCCGACCGCCUCGAGCAAAUGGCGGCCGGCGCCGCCCGCCCCCCGCCGCCCCUCUCCAUCCUCCCAAUCUACUCCCAGCUGCCGGCCGAUCUCCAAGCGAAGAUUUUCCAGAAGGCCGAGGAAGGUACCAGGAAAUGCAUCGUUGCGACGAACAUCGCCGAGACGUCGCUGACCGUUGAUGGGAUUCUGUACGUGAUCGACGGUGGAUACAGCAAGAUCAAGGUCUACAACCCCCGCAUGGGUAUGGACGCGCUACAGGUCUUCCCCAUCAGCCGAGCCGCGGCCGACCAGAGGUCCGGCCGAGCCGGACGGACAGGUCCGGGAACGUGCUACCGGCUGUACACAGAAACCGCCUACGCGAACGAGAUGCUGGCAAAUCCAGUCCCGGAGAUCCAGCGCACGAACCUCGGGAAUGUCGUGCUGCUGCUGAAAUCCCUCAACAUCGACAACCUCCUGGAUUUUGACUUCCUUGACCCUCCUCCUCAGGAGAACAUUCUGAACUCUAUGUACCAGCUUUGGAUCUUAGGAGCGCUGGACAAUACCGGAGCACUGACCAAGACGGGGAGGCGGAUGGUGGAAUUUCCUUUAGACCCUGCUCUGGCGAAGCUGUUGAUAUCCGGGGAUCAGUUUGGGUGUGUGAACGAGACGUUGACCAUGGUGGCCAUGCUCUCGGUGCCGUCGGUUUUCUUCCGCCCCAAGGACCGCGAAGAGGAGUCUGACGCUGCCCGGGAGAAGUUUUUCGUGCCCGAGAGCGACCACCUGACGCUCCUAAAUGUCUUCCAGCAGUGGAAGUCCAACGGGUAUCGCGGCGACUGGUGCUCCGACCACUACCUUCACGUGAAAGGCCUGAGGAAAGCCCGGGAGGUGCGAGCCCAACUAGCUGAUAUCCUCAAGCAGCAGAAGAUUCCGCUGUCUAGCGCGGGGCAGGACUGGGAUGUGGUGCGGCGGGCGAUCUGCACGGCGUAUUUCCACCACGCGGCGAAGCUGAAAGGCGUGGGGGAGUAUGCCAGCUGCCGCACCGGCACUCCCUGUCACCUGCACCCCACGAGCGCGCUUUACGGGCUCGGAACGACCCCGGAGUAUGUGGUUUACCAUGAGUUGGUGCUCACUUCGAAGGAAUACAUGCAGUGUGUGACGGCUGUUGAGCCAAGAUGGUUGGCGGAGGCCGGGCCGAUGUUUUUCAGUGUGAAGGAUAGUCAUCAGAGCAGGCUGCAGCAGAAGCAGAAGCUGCGGGAGGAGGCGAGUGCGAUGGAGCGGGAGAUGGCGGAGGCGAGGCGGAAGAGGGAGGUGGAGGAGGAGAUGAGACGCAGGAAGGACGAGGAGCAGACUGUGAGGGAGGCGGAGCGGAUUGUCAUGCCGGGUGUGAAGAAGGGGAAAGGGGCGGCGAGACGCGGAGACGCCUUCCUCCUCUUCUACCGCGCAUCAACGCGCACGGUCCACAGUAUUCAGGGCAACGGCCGCUGCCCCGCCGCGCUCUCGCUCUCCCACCUCGCCACACUCGGUUUCUCCCCCGCGCACCCGCUUCCCCCCUUCCACCCCCUCACGGUCACCGUCCCCGGCGCCGCCGCCUGCUGGGCCGACGCCAUCCAACGGUUCGGAUCGCGCCACGUGUCGCUCCGCGAGGCGCUCGAGCCGGCCGUACAGCUGGCGGAAGGCGGUUGGCCCGUGCCGCCGCUGACAGCUGGACAGUGGGAGAGAGGCGUGGAGCAGUUGAAGCAGGGAGGGCCACAUGGCGGCGAGCUAUUGGUGGACGGGGAGAGGGCGCCGAGGGCUGGCGAGGUGAUGAGGAACCCGGGCAUGGGCAACACACUGAGGCUGCUGGGAGAGAAAGGCAAGGAGGGCUUCUACACAGGCCCAGUAGCCGAAGCGAUAGUCACAGCAGUGCAGGCCCAGGGCGGGGUGCUCUCCCUGCAAGACCUGGCCUCCCACACCUCCUCCGUGGCCCCGCCCAUCAGCACCACCUUCCACGGCCUCACCAUCUGGGAGGUCCCUCCCCCCACCCACGGCCUGGCCGCUCUCAUCGCUCUCAACAUCACCGAGGCUUACUACUCCACGCACGGUGUUCCCGAGCCUGUCCGGGAGGCUCGGGGAGCGGGCCCCGAAGCUGCGGGCGAGGCUCGGGAGGGGUGGGUCAAGGGGGAGGCGGAUUAUGCGCAUGUGAUGAUCGAGGCUAUGCGGAUGGGGUUUGCAGAUGCGCUGGCGUGUGUGGCUGACCCAGAGCACGUGCAGGUGCCUCUGGGGGAGGCUUUAUCUAAGGAGUAUGCAGCCAAACGAGCUGGGGAGAUAGAUCUAACACGGGCAGCGAUCGUUGAGCCAGGGAUUGGGGCGUGGGGAGGAGUGGGGACUGAUACGGUGUAUUUCUGCGCGGUGGACGGGGAGGGCAACGCGUGCAGCAUGAUCAACUCAAACUACAUGGGCUUUGGCACGGGAAUUGUCCCCCAGGGGUGCGGCUUUCCUCUGCAGAACCGCGGGCAUAACUUCUCCCUGGAUCCCUCCCAUCCCAACUGCCUGGCUCCUGGUAAGCGCCCCUACCACACCAUCAUUCCUGGUCUCGCCACGUGGGGGGUUACCCCCUCUCCCGCAGCAGCAACAGCAGCAUCAGCGGCUUCAUCGGCAGCAGGAGGAGCAGCAGCAGAGGGAGCAGCAGCAGCAGCAGCGGGAGCAUCGGCAGCAGCAGCAGCAGGAGGAGAGAAAGCAGCAGAAGAGUCAAGAGCAGACGAAGGGGUACCAGCAGGGGACCUGCACUGCACGUUCGGGGUUAUGGGCGGGUUCAUGCAACCGCAAGGCCACCUACAGGUGGUAACCAGCCUCGCCCUGCUCUCCCUCAACCCCCAGUCCGCCCUCGACCGCCCCCGCUUCUGCCUCUCUGGCCUCCCCUCCCUCGACCCGCCUGGACACGGACCUGGGCCAGUAAGAGAGAGCCACGUGGCGAUUGAGGAGGGGCUGGGAAGGGAUGACGUGGCGGAGGAGUUGAGGAGGAGGGGGCAUCAGGUGGAGGUGGUGAGGGGGGAGGCGAGGGAGGUGUUUGGGAAGGGGCAGGUGAUUGUGAGGGAGAGGGGGAGUGGCGUGCUGUGGGGGGGGUCGGAGGGGCGAGCAGAUGGCUGUGCCAUGGGUUUCUGA